AACGAGACUCGGCAUGAAUAAUUAGGGUUUCUGGGUGCGGCUGGCUACUAAACAUCAUCUGCAGCGGCAAGCUUAGCGAAUUCCCUUUGAAAGAGAGCCCCAACCAUGGCUGAACAAACCGAGAAGGCUUUUCUGAAGCAACCUAAAGUGUUUCUAAGCUCUAAGAAAACUGGGAAGGGAAAGAGACCUGGAAAAGGUGGGAAUCGCUUUUGGAAAUCCGUCGGGCUUGGAUUUAAAACUCCCAGGGAUGCCAUUGAAGGAACCUAUAUUGACAAGAAGUGCCCCUUCACUGGCAAUGUUUCCAUACGGGGUCGUAUCCUAGCUGGUACUUGCCACAGUGCUAAGAUGACAAGGACUAUUAUCGUUAGGAGGAAUUAUCUUCAUUUUAUAAAGAAGUAUCAGAGAUAUGAGAAGCGACAUUCAAAUAUUCCUGCACAUGUAUCGCCUUGUUUUCGUGUGAAGGAAGGAGAUCACGUUAUUAUUGGUCAAUGCAGGCCAAUCUCAAAGACAGUGAGAUUCAAUGUGUUGAAAGUGAUACCAGCUGGAUCUUCUAGUGGUGCGAAGAAGGCAUUUGCGGGAAUGUGAGAUUUGAAUUUUCAGUUCUCAUUGAUGGACAGAGUUACUAUAUAAGUUAGUAGAAGCCUCUGUUUCAAAUAUUUCAAGGUCAAGACAUAAAAAUCUGAUAAAUCUGAUCAAUUUUGAAUAUCUUUCAAGGCUUUGCUUUGAUCUUUGAGUUGUUAAAAGUUAAGGAUUUUGAUAUAUAUUAUA